AAGCUGAAUGUGGAAUAAAUGCAGAAGUAGAAAAACAACUUGAAAUGGGAAAGAAGUUACUGGCUGCUGGACAGCUAGCAGAUGCUUUGUCUCACUUUCAUGCGGCUAUAGAAGGAGACUCAGAUAACUACAUUGCUUAUUACAGAAGAGCCACAGUGUACUUAGCCAUGGGCAAAUCUAAAGCAGCAAUUCGUGAUUUAAGUAAAGUGGUUGAAUUAAAGCAGGACUUCACAUCAGCAAGGUUACAGAGAGGGCACUUACUGCUGAAGCAAGGAAAGUUUGAUGAAGCAGAGGAUGACUUUAAAAAUGUGCUCAAAUCCAAUCCUAGCAAUAAUGAGGAAAAAGAAGCCCAGACUCAGCUAACAAAAUCUGAUGAGCUACAGCGCCUACAUUCACAAGCAUUGUCUGCCUACCAGCAAGAGGAUUACGAAGCCGCUAUUUCUCUUCUUGAUGAAAUCUUGUCAGUUUGUGUUUGGGAUGCAGAGCUACGGGAACUUCGAGCUGAGUGUUACAUAAAGGAAGGGGAGCCAAGCAAAGCCAUUAGUGACUUGAAAGCUGCUGCCAAAUUAAAGAAUGAUAACACUGAAGCCUUCUAUAAAAUCAGCAGAAUAUAUUAUCAGCUAGGGGACCAUGAAUUAUCACUCAGUGAAGUCCGGGAGUGUCUGAAACUGGACCAAGACCAUAAGCAAUGCUUCUCUCUCUAUAAACAAGUAAAGAAACUCAAUAAGCAGAUCGAGUCAGCAGAAGAAUUCAUCAGAGAAGGCAGGUAUGAAGAUGCUAUCAAUAAAUACGAUUCUGUAAUGAAAACUGAGCCAGAAGUCCCAAUUUAUGCUACUCGUGCCAAAGAAAGGAUCUGCCACUGCUUAUCAAAGAAUCAGCAGGCUACAGAAGCCAUAAAGGUUUGUACAGAAGUUCUGCAGCUGGAACCGACCAAUGUGAAUGCCCUGAAAGACAGAGCAGAAGCUUAUUUGCUGGAAGACCUGUAUGAAGAAGCUAUUAAAGACUAUGAGACUGCUCAAGCCAAUAGUGAAAAUGACCAGCAGAUUCGGGAGGGGCUGGAACGUGCCCAGAGGAUGCUGAAGCAAUCACAGAAGAGGGAUUACUAUAAAAUCUUAGGAGUAAAAAGAAAUGCUCGAAAGCAAGAAAUCAUAAAAGCUUACAGAAAGCUGGCAUCCCAGUGGCACCCCGAUAACUUCCAGAGUGAGGAAGAAAAGAAGAAAGCAGAGAAAAAAUUCAUUGAUAUAGCAGCUGCUAAAGAAGUCCUCACUGACCCAGAAAUGAGGCGGAAGUUUGAUGCGGGAGAGGACCCACUGGAUGCGGAGAGUCAGCAGGGUGGGGGCAACCCUUUCCACAGGAACUGGAACACAUGGCAAGGAUUCAACCCCUUUGGUUCUGGAGGAGGACCGUUUACGUUCAAAUUUCACUUCAGUUAGAGCCAAGACUGUUUCUGGUGGCUGCUGCUGGUUUUUACUUAAUUUGUUGAGAAAUAAAAAGUCUCUUGGUUCAAGACCCAAAA